GGAAGGUUUAGUGUUAAGUCCUCAUUGGGACAAAUAUAGCCACAGUGGAUCCAGCCUGAGGGGCUGUUAGCUGAUCCCGGAGCCCGACCACAGCGCGUGAAGACGCUCUCCGCCUCGUGCAGCCUCUCAGACAGCCCGUGGCUGACUCACAGCUUGACCGCAAGAAGUGAACUGACUCAGUUGCUCCAGCUGCUUUACAAUGUGCAAUCAAGGAAGUUGUUAGAGAUAGAAUGAGCCGUGUUGCCGGAGUGCCGCUCUCCAGCUGAUUUGGCCUGAAGCAGCAUCCUUGUUACAUGUGUACAGCCAUGAAGUUCAACCAGUGCGUACUGCAGGACACUCCAGGGAAAAACAGUGAGAAUAAAGUGUGGAAAUGGCACAUUCAGGACCCUGCCAGCCAGAGACUGACAUGGAACACGCCACCAAAAAGUGUCCUUGUCAUCAAGAAGAUUCGAGAUGCCAGUCUGCUUCAGCCUUUUAAAGAGCUCUGCGUAUUCCUCACAGAGGUGAAAGACAUGAUUGUUUACGUGGAGAAAAAGGUUUUGGAGGACCCAGCUAUUUCGGAUGAUGAAAACUUUGGGGCCAUCACUAAGAAAUUCUGCACUUUUAGAGACGAUCUUGACGACAUCUCCAAUCGCGUAGACUUCAUCAUCUGUCUUGGUGGUGAUGGAACUUUGCUGUAUGCAUCUUCGCUCUUCCAGGAGAGCGUUCCACCAGUUAUGGCCUUCCACCUGGGCUCCCUGGGUUUCCUGACACCCUUUAAAUUUGACACCUACCAGUCUCAAGUCACCCAAAUCAUUGAAGGUAACGCUGCCAUUGUCUUGCGAAGUCGCUUGAAAGUGCGGGUGCUUAAAGAGAACUGGGAAAAAAAGGCCAGAGUGGACGAAAAGGGCUUCAUCCUCACCAAUGGAGACAUUGAAAGCAGCUGGAAAGCUGUGCAGUAUCAGGUACUGAAUGAAGUUGUGGUGGACAGAGGACCCUCCUCAUAUCUCUCCAAUGUUGACCUCUUCCUGGAUGGACACCUCAUCACCACCGUGCAGGGAGACGGUGUGAUAGUAUCUACACCUACAGGAAGUACAGCGUACGCAGUGGCAGCAGGAGCUUCCAUGAUCCAUCCCAACGUCCCGGCCAUCAUGAUCACCCCCAUCUGCCCACACUCGCUUUCCUUCAGGCCCAUCGUGGUGCCUGCCGGUGUGGAGCUCAAGAUAAUGCUGUCACGUGAUGCCAGAAACACAGCCUGGGUGUCAUUCGAUGGAAGAAAGAGACAAGAGAUCUGCCACGGAGACAGUAUUACCAUCACCACUUCCUGCUUCCCUGUUCCCUCCAUCUGUUUCCGGGACCCGGUCAAUGACUGGUUUGAGAGCCUGGCCCAGUGUUUACACUGGAACGUGAGGAAGAAGCAGAACUACCUCAGCUCAGAGGACGAGGAGUUCUGAGACAUGAGGCUUCAUUGAAGUCUUCUCCAAAGUCUCAAGGACUCCUUUGUCUUGGUUUUAGCGUGACCGUGCUCUGUGCCGUUUUGUCUUGUAUGGAUAAAAAGUCUCACCAAACUCCAUUCAAAAAUGCCCCUCAUGGUAAUGUUGCCCUUCGUAUGGGUUAAAAUUGAUCCAUAGUAAUAUUCCACAGUAUUGAGUCAAACAGCUCUUUUGCUGUUGCCUAUUAUGUUGAAUCUUGGUGCCAUAAAUGUGUGGGAAUAAGAGGCAAACUAUGAAACCCCAGAGUGCUCAAUUAAAUUAAAUAGCAAUUAAAAUGUAUAAUCAUACUAACUAGCUUUUUUGGCUAGCAUUGAUUAUAAUUCAACAGAAUAUCAAGCUAGUGUUGACGGUAGCUGCUGGCUGGUCAAGUGUGGAGAGUGAAAAUUUUGACAUGUUGAAUGGCUGAACAAUGAGUACGUCAUUUAGAAAAAAUGCUAAUUAAACAUUUAAAAAGAGACUUAGAGAAAUAACAAAAUUAAAAAUUCUACAAUGAAAACAAAAUGGAUUUCAAUAAAUAACCAAUGUUUCCCACAUAUUUAAAAUCUUAUCUGUGGCGGUAGAUGAUGAAAACUUCCCUUUUUAUUCUCUUUUUUUAAAAAAAUCUCAUUUGUGUCCCUUUUUUCAUCAGUCCGUGUCCCCUCUCUAAACUCUUGCGGGUAUGUGAAAGCAUCACAGGGAGAACUUAUCAUGAGUUCUUUUUCCCCAGCAACAGUUUGAAGAGUUUGAGUCACAGGAUGGAUAAUUGAUUUGUUAAUCCAGUCAUAGUUGAUCAGAUCGAUAGAUGAGAGGAGCAGCUGCUGCAGAGGGAGUGAAAGCAAACAUUUAGACCUACUGCUGAAAUAUCACUUUAACUGCACCUGAUGUUCUGCUGCUCCGUGCCCAGAGUACUCUGUGUGCCCAAAAGACGUGCAAAGAAUAACUGAAUGGUGUAUAUAUAUUCCAAAUGAAUGAUCCAGCUCUAAAAAUGUCGUUACAUGAAGGCGGAUGUUUUGAACAUGGUAGACCGCCACCAAUUAAUGAAUAAGUGGGAAACCUUGAAUAAACCCUCUGAGCUGAGGGGUAUUCCAUGAAAAUAACAAUAUGAAAUUGUAUUUUAUAAACUUUGUAGUUUUAAUAGUUAAUUAAAAAAUUAUUUCACAAUUCAUUGGACACACUGAGGUUCCAUAGAGCGCUGAGAUUAAUCAACCGCACUCAUGCUUCCUAGAGAACAAGGUUAUGAGAGUAACCUACCUAAAUUUGUAUGUUACAGGUAUGCAGCAUUAUGAAGGAGUGUGUAGAAAACCCCAAAAGAUAUUUGGUGUUUUGAUGAGUAAGCUUGUUAAACUGGUCAGUUUUUGAAUGGAGUUUGGCCCAAAUAUUGGUCCAGGAUUUUCCCUGUCUGUUUUCUGUCUGUAUGCUGUUCAAACUGGCCUUUUUGAAGAAAAAAAAAAGAUUUUUUUGACUAGUAAUCAAGGGAAUGCAAAACUUGGGAUAAACUUGGACUAAAACUCUGAAGGUCAGUUGUGGAUAGCAGUAAUUGCAAUACUUUUAAUGGUCUAUUUUAGCACUUUUUAGUCUUUAAGAUGGAUGGCAGGGACACAUCUACUUUAUAAACAACAAAUUCUUUCGGUAGAGGUAAAGGAUCAGUUGCACUUUUCUGAAAAAAAAAAAUCUAAAAAAUCUGUAAAAUCAAAUUUUCUCAAAUUAUGUAAAUCAAAUAAGAAAAAACUGUUGUAAUGCCAUGAAUGAAUGGCAAAUGUUGUCUUACGUAAUUUGUAGGUGCAUCCUG